UUUUUACUUUAAAAGAAAACAGGAUGGAAUUUGAAAACCUGACCCCCUGGCCAAGUGCUACUACUAAAUGAAACAUUAAAAAGGGGGGGACAAUCCAAGAAAAAAAUUUCUCAGAAAGGCCAACUGCUGAGCAUGACAGAGACUGAAUUACUCAUUAGAAGUGACCUCUCCAGGACAGAUUGGAGGCAUAUGGUAAGAACGGUGUGGGAAUCACUACACACAGAUGCCCAUGAUGUGCUCUUUCUAUGGACAGAGAACCUUUACCUCAAGUUUGACACAAUUACCAUGAGUACUAAAAUACAGUGAUGUAAAAGAAAGCAAUAAAUCAGUAAAAUUGAAAACCUUUGCUGCCUUGCACUUGUUUAGUCAUUUACACUUAUGAACAGAGGGGGCAAAUGCUACCAAACCACAAUGUGCACACUUUGCACAGGUAUAUAUGACUACAUAAGCUGCUAAAUAGCAAAUAACCAGACUACAUAAUGGAAGCUUUCAAAGAAUGACUCAAGUCUUUCUUAUCUUCUAGAUUUGCUCUGAUUACAGCCAUGGGCAGUCUGCCCUCAGUGUAACUCCACUGGUCAACUGGCUAGCACCAGAUUCUGGAGAAUGAGCCCAAAUAUUUGUUGUCUUUGUAAGCUAUUCAGAGAAGACGAAAAUGGGAUCACUUCUAAAGUGUCAUUGGAGGAAGUGCUACAGUGGUCCCAAUCUUUUGAAACGCUGAUGACUACUAAAUAUGGGCCUAUAAUCUACAAGACCUACCUGAAGACAGAAUACAGUGAUGAGAACAUUGAAUUCUGGCUUGCAUGUGAAACUUACAAGAAGAUUGAAUCACGGAGGAAAAGGAUUUCUGUGGCCAGGAGAAUUUUUAAAAAUUACAUUCAGCCCCAGGCGCCUAAAGAGAUUAACAUUGAUAGUCCUGCAAGGGAAGCUAUUAUCAGGAAUAUUCAAGAACCAACUCAAUCCUGUUUUGAUGAAGCUCAGAGAAUAGUUUACAUGCACAUGGAAAGGGAUUCAUAUCCCAGGUUUCUUGGAUCAGAAAUCUAUCAGAAACUCAAACACAGGCCUUCAGACUGACAGCAAUGACUCAAUACAUUAAAGAGGGAGACUAAGGAUUUAGCAGAAGAGACUUCCUUCUGGUUUAUUAAUGUUUUCAAAUGGUAAAAGAAGAACAGAAGAAAUCAGCCAAUGGAUGAAUUUUCCUUACAAAGAAUGGUAGUUUGUUCUUAUGCAGAUAUUAGAGCUGAACAUAAAAUACUUUCCACCCUCCACCUCCUCAGUGAAAUAUUUCAGCUUUAUGUCAAAAAAUUGAAAGCCACUUUUAGUUCACCUCAGUCUGUCUGGAAUUUAAAAAGUCAUUACGGGGAAGAAACCUAGGACCCCAC